AUGGUUGCUAAAAGUUGGGUGGUUUCGUCUUUGUUGAUCAACGACCAAGAAGCAGCGGUCGUCCAAGCAGAAACCAACAUCAAGUUGAAGGCCGAUUUUGAUAAAGAUACCCAUUUAUUUCGAUUGUUUUAUCCUGGCGCAAUUCAAUUCAGUGACAGUGAUUACCAAGAAUCAAAAGGAUCUCGAUUGGCAACCGAUAUGGGCAUGUCAAAGGUUCCGGAUCAAGUUCUCUACGAAAAUGUUGCCGGUCAAAUGCAAAUGGAAGAAGAUGAGACCAAGCUUAUCCUGCAAAGCUCGGAUGACAGUUAUGGGGACGUUAAGUUAACAAUCCAACUGGCUUCCAAAUGGAGUCUGAAUGAUCUUUGCAAAAUGAUUCGAAAUAGCCAAGCUUCAUCAUAA